UCUUGAUAUCCCAAUCGGGAUAUCUAAUUAUAUCCUGAUCGGGAUAUAAUUUCAAACUAUAUCCCGUUCGGGAUAUAAAAAAAAUUUUGCUACAAAAAAUGAUAUCCCAAUCGGGAUAUAUAUCCCGAUUGGGAGUACAUCCCGAUCGGGAUAUGUCUCCACACUGUCAUAUGGUUUAGUGAAAUUGGCUGAACUUAGCGAACCAAUCAAUACCAUGCAUAUGGAUAAUUUAAGUUCAUUAUUUCUCACUCAAAGUUUGAAAUUAGGAGUAAUGAAUUUUGUAGAUGAAAUUAACGUGAAUAUACAUGAAAUAUUCAAAUUCGAAGCAGAAAAACAAAAAUGUAUUUGUUCUAUUCGAUAGUAUUUUAUCAUUAAAUGAAAAUUAUAGUACCAAAAUACUUGAGAUACUUCAGAUAUACACAAAAAGGUAUACAAUACCUACAAAUACAAUUCAAAUUUUGGAAAAUGCACUUGGUUUUUCUGAACGAUUCGAACAAGCUAUCCUUAUUUUUCACAAUGUUAUUCGUAACGGUCAACCAGUUACAAAUAAAAUCUUACACAUCUUAGCUGACAGUUUGUAUAUGUCAAUAAAUGCAAGACGACGGUAUAAUUCGUUUAAACUAUUGGAAAAAGCCAGACAAAAUCAAGAUUUACCUGAGAGCAUAUUCUAUAAAAUAGAACUUGCUAAAGCUGGUUUUGUUCUAUCUCGAUCAACUAAUAAAAAAACAAUUAUUAAAUUUAUGCAAGAUCAAACCAACAAUGGAAUGCAAUUACCAAUUGAUACGAUUAAUGCUUUAGAAAAUGAAACUGAUAACGACGAUGCUUUACAAGUAUUGUACAAUAUAUCAAAAAACAAACAAAUCAUACAAUAUGAUUUGCUAAAUAAGUUAAUUGAACAUUUCAAUCCAAACAGUGAUCAAUUUAUUUUAAUUGGCGUCUUUGAAAAUGUAGCAAAAAAUAAUCAAACAUUAUCUGCUGAACUUUUAAAUAAAUUAGAAAUGGCAUUAAAUAGAAAACAAAUUGAAGAUAAUGUACUUUCAAUAUUUGUAUAUUUGGCACAAAAGGGUGAAAAGUUAUGUAAUAAUAUAGUUCAGAAAAUAUUGAAUAAAAUUUUACUUGAAAAUGAUAUUAUGUUGAAACAAGAACUUUUGACCGCACUUGGAUCGUUGAUUGAAACUCAUCACACCGAUAUUAAACGAUAUCAGCAACAAACAGAGAAAAUCUUAGUAAAUGGAAUUAAUUCAGAUAAUAUUAAUUUACAAAAGAUAUGUAUUCAUAUAUUACGAAUAUUAGCUCGAUUUGUAAAGAUUAAUUCAAGUCUAGUUGAUGCUGUCAUAACAAUUGGUACAGAUUUAUCUUGUGAUAGAACAAUAAAAGAGGAAAUUUAUUCCUUAUUUAUAUUUAUGGAACAAAAUAAUAGUGAAUUGACAAGCAAAUAUAAAGCAAAAAUUCAACUGGCUAACUUAGAUUAUCGAUCGAAUAGUGAACUAUUGAAUAAAUUAAAAGCAUAUGCAAAUAAUGAAGAUGGUUUAUUAGAACAAAAUUAUAAUCAAUUGAAAAAUAUAAUUGAUCAAGAUUUUCAAUUACAAGAAAAGACUUUAGAAAUUUUACAUUUAUUAAAAUCGAAACAUAAAAUGACGGAUGAUCUUAUCGAAAGUAUUGUACUAUUAUAUGAGAGUACCAAUUCCAAAGAAAUAAAGAAUUCUUGUUCAAAAUUACUUGAAGAUGCAAAUCAUAGUGGAAAAAAUCUGAAUGACAGAGCCGCCGCAAUCGUUAAUGAAAAACUAAAAAAUAAUAAAGCCGAUAAACUUGAACAGGCAUUUUCUCAAAGUAAUCUUUACAAAGAAUUAAACACACGAUUUCAAUUAAAUGAUGAACAAAUAAAAGAAUUGUUAACAGUUCUUAAAAUAAAAAGUCACUUUUUAGAUAUACAAAAUAUAGAAGAAUUGAUUCAAAUGUCAAUAAGCAGCAACCCACUCUAUUAUAAUAGUCAAGCGUUCGUUUUUCUUAUUGAACAAGUUUUAUUGACAAAUACAUGUAACGAAAUUACAUUGCCAUGUUAUUGUUGCAUAAUUAAAGAGAGAAAAUAUCAAAAAGUCGCCGAAGUUCUUGAAAAAUUAGUUCAAAUCCAAAAUGAAACAUCAUUAUUGCCAUUUCUCAUUGAAUCAAUUUAUCAUUCAUUGAAAUAUUGUGAUUUAUCUGAAAACUGCAUUACACUCUUAGAAAAUAAUCUUGAUCACGAUGAUCGAUUGAUUCGAAGUUUUUCGUUCAAAGGAUUAAGAAUGAUUCAUAGUAAAAAGGAAUGUACAAAAUCUCAACAAUUUCAAGAUUGGUGCGAUUUCACAAUAGAAAACCUAUCAAAUGCUGGAGUACACAUAGAAAAAGUUAAAAUGUAUUUGGAUAUAUUAGAGGUAAUCGUUUCGCUGGAGUUUAUUGAUUUAGAUGUAUUUAAGAAAAAUGACAAAGAAAAAUGGAUAAGAGAACUUAUUAUAUCAAAUUUAUUUGAACAUUUCAAAGCAUGUGACACUGAACAGAUCGAUUUCUACAGUAAUUGGUUAAUAAUUGAAGAAAAAUUUAUGUAUUACAAAUCUGUUAAAAUGUUGAGUUUAAUCAUGCAAAGAGUUCUGAAUUUCAAAUCAAUUACAGAGAUUAUUGAUAUAUUUAUAUGUAUUCGUACAAGAUUAUAUGAUGAUGUAAUGAUUAUUUUAAAUAAUCAUGAAUUUCCCUAUAGUACAUUCAAAGAAGACUGGUGUAUGGAAAUGAUAAAAAAUCGAUUAAUAAAUAAAAAUAUUGAUGAAAAUUAUUUGAAUCGACUUUGUAAAAAUGUUUGUGCAGAAUUCAAUAUUAAAUUUAUUGAAAAUCUUUUCAAAUGUAUAUCGUCGAUAGAUAAUUUACGAGAAUUUGAAGAUGUAAUUAAAUUUUGUUUGAUCAAAACUCUGAAUUUAAACAAUUUGUGUUUUCAAAAUGUUAAUAUUACUCAAUUGAAGAGUCUACUUGAAGCCAAAUAUAUAUGCAAUAAAAUAAAUUCAAACAAUGAAAAACAAAGUUAUAGAGAUGUCUUAUUUGAUAAUUUAUGUUUAUUAAUGACAAAGAACUGGACAUUUGAUCAACUUGAUGAGCUAACAGAAUCAUUUAAUUCGAUGAAAUUAAAUCGAAAACUUGAAAAUUAUAUAAGUAUAUUGGAACUUAUCAAUCAAUACAAUUUAUCUUCUUUACAAUGUAAGAAAUGUAGUCAGCUAAUUCGACAAUCGAACACUUUUAUUCAAUUGUUAAAAGGAUUAAAUAAACUGGUUAUUGAAAAUAAUUUUCAAUUAAAAGGAAAAGUCAAAAAUCCAACAGAAUUAUUAAAUGAAUUGGAAGAAUCUAAUAAAAAUAAUUCAGCUUUAGUCCAGUAUAUAAGAACAGAAUUGCCCAAAGAAUUAGAAGAAAUAAAGAGAGAAGACUUGAAGUCAUUACUUCAAUAUAAUCAAUUGCCAAUAGUUGAAUGGGGCGUUAAACAAAUUAAUCAUUGGUCAGACAAAAUUAAAUCAACAGGAGAACAAUUUAGCAACGUGGAAGCAAUUGCUGUUACAAAACGGGCCAAUUUUCUAUUUACUGGUUAUUAUUUGACUGAUACACAAAUAUUGUGCAGUUUAAUAGCAUUAAAAACUGAAUCGAAGACUAGAGGCAAACUAUUACAAGUCGCUACUGGUGAAGGUAAAUCGACAAUUGUAUGUAUAUUGGCAAUAAUAAAUGCAUUGAAAAACAAGCAAGUUCAUGUUAUUACAAGCUCACCUGUUUUAGCAGAAAGGGAUAGCAAACAAAAAAUGAAAUUAUUUAAAAUGUUUCAUUUGACUUGUAGUGAUAAUAAUGAUAAAACAGUUUAUUUAUAUGGUCGCAAAGAUUGUUAUACAGCUGAUAUUGUCUAUGGUGAAGUAUCACAAUUUCAAUUCGAUACAUUAAGAGAUCAAUAUAGUAUGUUAGGUACACUUGGUAAUCAAAAAUGUGAAAUAGCUAUAGUCGAUGAAGUUGAUAGUAUGCUUAUUGAUGAUAGUUCAAAAAUAGCACGUCUUUCAUCAACAGCUGCUGGAAUGGAUUAUUUUCAAGUUAUUUAUGUUUACAUUUGGCAAAGAUUAUUAACAGUUAAGGAAAGAUUUAUCAUGUUUAAUAACACAAUGUAUAUGGUUAAUGGUAAGGUCGGAUUUGAAAAUGGAAAAAUUCUAUUGGAAUAUCUCGAUGAUAAUAAUAAUAUUGUCAAAAUACCCGAUUUGGAAAGUUAUGUUUCAAAAAAUAAAGAUAUCAGUGAUAUAGGAGAAGUCAUCAAUGGUGAUUUAGAUGACUAUUUGAAAAUAUGUUUAGAUGAAUAUUUAGCUAGUCUAAUCAGCGAUAAAAAAUUGAAAAUUCCAAAGAAUUAUAUAGAAUUUUAUGAAACUCAAAAACCCAGAUGGAUACAUAAUGCGAUCGAAGCACUAAAUUAUCAAGAAAAUAUCCAUUAUGUCGUACAAGAAGGUGAAAUAAAGCCAGUUGACUAUUAUAGUACCGGUAUUGUACAAAGUUCAACGAAUUGGAGUGACGGUUUACAUCAAUUUUUACAAAUCAAACAUAACUUAAAAAUGACUUCGGAAACAUUUACGACCAACUUUUUAUCAAAUAUUGGCUUUAUAAAUAAUUAUAAGAAUAUUUAUGGUCUAACUGGUACACUUGGUUCAGAAAAAGCAAAAAGAGUAUUGAAAGAUGUCUAUAAUGUCGAUUUAGUCAAUGUUCCACAAUUACGUCAGAAACAAUAUCUUGAACUAGAAACCAUCGUUACUCAAGAUGAAACUCAAUGGGUAGAACAAAUAUGUUCAACAGUAUUAAUUGAAACGAAAAAAGAUAGAGGUGUAUUGAUUAUCUGUGAAAAUAUUGCUCAUGCAAACAGACUUGGUGAUCUAUUGAAAACUCAACAUAGAUCAACUGCUGUCAAACUCUAUACGAUGAAUAAUAUGAAUCAAGAGAAACAUGUCGAAAAAAUCUUACCUGGUGAAAUAAUCAUUGCAACAAAUUUAGCUGGAAGAGGAACUGAUAUACGUACAACUAAAGUCUUGACACCUUUUCCAGCAUCUUUAAGCUUGGAAUAA